CUCCCAAGGGGUUAUUGAGCCAGUGUGCUCAGAGCAGGCCUGGAUCUCUCACCCUGCACCGCCCCACGCAAACGCCUUGUCCUGCGGGGCGGUCUCGAAUCUCAAGCAAUGGCUUUGCCCUUUCGAUGGUGACACCGUGAUCUCCAGGGACUUUACCACCCCGACGCAUUGGGCAAUGUGCCAGACGGUCCAAAGGUGAAAGGAAGCGUCUAUAAAGAGACAGCUCCUUCUCCUUGAGAGAGACGGCAGAGUUUGCGUAGGGAUUCCCCCGGCAGCUGCAGAAUGAGCUCGCGGCCACACCUGGCCACCGCCGGCAUCUGUGUCUACCUCUGCCUUGCCGCUGGCCUCGCUGCUGCGCCUGCCUCUUUAGAGGACGAGAAGGCCCCCGCCUACUGGAAUGAGAGAGCCAGGAGGACACUGGAGUCGGCGCUGACCCUGGCACCCGUGACCCGCCGUGCCAAGAACAUGAUUCUCUUCCUGGGCGACGGCAUGGGGAUCUCCACCAUCUCCGCCGCUCGGAUCUACAAGGGGCAGCUGGAGGGAGAGCCCGGCGAGGACAGCCGGCUGGCAAUGGAGACCUUCCCCUAUGUCGCCCUCGCCAAGACGUACAACGUGGACCGGCAGGUGCCCGACAGCGCGGGCACCGGCACCGCCUACCUGUGCGGGGUGAAGGCCAACGCCAAAACCCUGGGGGUGAGUGCCGCCGCCGUCUACGGCAAAUGCAACACCACGUGGGGCAACGAGGUCCACUCCGUCCUGCACCAGGCCAAGCAGUCGGGCAAGUCGGUGGGCAUCGUGACGACCACCCGCGUGCAGCACGCCUCGCCGGGCGCGUCCUAUGCCCACGUGGUCAACCGGGAGUGGUACAGCGACGCCGACCUGCCCAAGGAGGCCAUCAGGCAGGGCUGCAAAGACAUCGCGUACCAGCUGGUGCACAACACAGACAUCAACGUGAUUCUGGGCGGUGGGAGGAUGUACAUGACUCCCCGGAAGACCCCGGACCCCGAGUACCCGACGGACCCAAAGCAGAGCGGGACGAGGAAGGAUGGACUUGACCUGGUGGAGAGGUGGCUCAGUGCCAAGGAGGGGGCGCGGUACGUCUGGAACAAGGAAGGCCUGGACGCCGUUGAUGAGAACUCCACCGACUACCUCCUGGGUCUCUUUGAGCCCAAGGACAUGAAGUACGAGCUGAACCGCGACACCAGCACGGACCCCUCCAUCGUGGAGAUGAUGGAGAAAGCCAUCCGUAUCCUGCGCAGGAAUCCCCGCGGCUUCUUCCUCUUUGUGGAAGGAGGCAGGAUCGACCACGGGCACCACAGCAGCAGAGCCAAGCAGGCACUGAGCGAAGCUGUCAUGCUGGACCGGGCCGUGGCCCGCGCCGCCGAGCUGACCGACGCCUCGGAGACCCUCACUGUGGUGACAGCCGACCACUCGCACGUCUUCAGCUUCGGCGGCAGCACGCCCCGCGGCAACAGCAUCUUCGGCCUGGCACCCAAGAAGGCUGAGGACAAGCGGCCGUACACCAGCAUAUUGUACGGGAACGGGCCGGGCUACGCCAUCGCGAACGGGAGCCGUCCGGACGUGAGCAGCCUGCCCAUCGAGGACAAGGAUUACCGGCAGCAGGCGGCCGUGCCCCUGGACACCGAAACCCACGCCGGUGAGGACGUCGCUAUAAUGGCCAAGGGCCCCAUGGCCCACCUCUUCCACGGGGUGCAGGAGCAGAACUACGUGGCCCACGUCCUGGCAUACGCUGGCUGCCUGGAGCCCUACCACGCGGGCCCCGAGUGCCCGGCACCGAACGGCAGGUCAGGCAGCCUGGGCCUUGGCCAGCCCCCCAGCCUCCUGCUCCUCGCCCUGGGGAUGGCCUCCCUCCUGCUGAGGAUGUGACAGCCGGACGUUGAUCUCGGCCAGGCCUGGGGGACCCCCCCAUGCUCUCUGCUAGCAGAGCAGCCAGCGCCCCCAGGCUGUGGGGCUGGGUCGACCCCGGCCCUCCCCCAGUACCACACGAGAGAGACGCUCUCGCUUGCCCAUGUAUAUAAUUUUGUAACAGUCUCCUGCUCUCCCAGCCGCCCCGGAAAUAAAAUCUGCCGCUGUUUUGUUAUUA